CGCUUUCCUUUCGAGAUCUGUGUGGGCUGCAAUGGACGCAUCUGGCUGACUGCUCGUUCGCCGAGGGAGACGAUGUUGCUGAGCAAUACUAUCGCACUUGCUGACUACUUGGUGCCUGAGCAGUGUCUCCAAUUAGUGGAGGAUCUCUGUUAG